AUGAGAGCAUCAAUGCAUCACACUUUUACAGCUGCUUGCAUGAUUGAAGGAACAUUUUGGACCGGGAGGCAUCUUAAUGACAUGAUUAUUAAUAGGGCCAGGGAUUUGCUUCUGAGCAAACACAAGACUGGAGUCACCAGUUACAAGCUUAGAGGAAGAAAGAGCGGAAGAGCUCCCUGCCUCCCGUCAGGUGCUGAUUUGUUCUACAAUCAAUUAGGCAGGAUGGCUGAUGCACUGGGCAGCGUGACAAAGGCUCUCGAUAUUGUGUUCAAGAUCAAAGAGGCUGUGGAUACAGUUAAACAAAACGAAAAGGAUUGUGAACAGAUCAAGAAGCGUGUGGAGAGGGUCCAACACACGCUCACUCUGUUCCAACAGGAUGUGGAGCUGAUGAACUCCGCGGGGAGCCGCACUGCACUGGAGGCGUUGCGUGAGGUCCUCACCGAGGCCCUCGAGCUCGUCACAGGCUGCAAGGAAGAGACUAAUCUGUGUUGUCUCCUCAUAAAGGCUGGGGAGGUGUCCAAGAAGCUGAACAAGGCAGACCAGACCAUAUCUAAUAUAAACUCUGAGGUGUCGCUUACCAUCAUGCUCUGCAUUGCGCCGCACACCACCAAGCCACUUAAACUCUACCAAGCACCGGAUGAACAUGGCCGUUCGCUGCAAUUGGUCAAACAAACACGAAGCGUGCCACCUACUAUUUCUGAAAUUGCGGUGGAAAUCAAGGUAGCGGUGGACAGAGUCCAGAGGAACAAGGAAGAGUGCAUUGAAGUUGAUAAGCGUGUGAAUGGUGUCAAUGCCCUCCUUUCACAGUUCGGGAAUACAGAACUAAUGAAGGACCCAUCCAUGAGUGCUUCAAUAGAGAAGCUCCAUACGACCUUUUGCAUUGCUCGCACACUCGUCAUGGAGUGUCAGAAAAGAAAUAUUAUUUUCAUUCGAUCUGGUUGGGAGUUGUCCAAGCAGCUACGUGAGGUACUGGAUCAAAUUGAUCUUGCCCUUGAUGAUAUGAUCACCAUUAGUGCGAACUAUGCCUGUACAGUGUGA